UACCGCUGCGAAUACUGUGGCAAGCCUUUCAGAAACAAGUGUAUUAUAAGGAAACACAUAAAACACAGCACGCACUCGUCAACAGGACCAAAACCAUUUGCUUGUGAAUUCUGUAAUUCUACGUCUCCAACCGAAUUGCUUGUGAUAGAACACGAGAAAAGCGAACAUGGCGUUUCAAAUUUCAUGUGUGCUGAAUGUGAGUAUACCACAAGUUCCAAGAAAAGUUUGGAGACUCAUUUAAGGAGCCAUUCUUUAGAGAAUAAUUUCAAUUGUAGUCACUGUAGUUACACAAGUUCGUGUAAAACUGAUUUACACAAACACCAAACAUUACAUUUUGCUGGGAACCUUUUAAAGUGUAGCGACUGUGAUUAUAAAUGCAGUUGGAAUUCACAGUUACAACGACACCUGAUGAUACAUACUGGGGCGAAGCCAUUUCAGUGUAAGCACUGUGAUUACAAAUGCAGUCAGAAAUCACACUUACAACGACACCUGAUGAUACAUACUGGGGCGAAGCCAUUUCAGUGUAGCCACUGUGAUUACAAAGGCAGUCAGAAGUCAGACUUACAAAAACACCUGAGGAUACAUACUGGGGCGAAGCCAUUUCAGUGUAGCCACUGUGAUUACAAAUGCAGUCAUAAGUCAGUCUUACAACGACACCUGAGGAUACAUACUGGGGCGAAGCCAUUUCAGUGUAGCCACUGUGAUUACAAAGGCAGUACGAAGUCACACCUACAAAGACACCUGAGGAUACAUACUGGGUCAAAGCCAUUUCAGUGUAGCCACUGUGAUUACAAAUGCAGUCAGAAGUCAGUCUUACAACGACACCUGAGGAUACAUACUGGGGCGAAGCCAUUUCAGUGUAGCCACUGUGAUUACAAAUGCAGUCAGAAGUCACACUUACAACAACACCUGAUGAUACAUACUGGGGCGAAGCCAUUUCAGUGUAGCCACUGUGAUUACAAAUGCAGUCAGAAAUCACACUUACAACGACACCUGAUGAUACAUACUGGGGCGAAGCCAUUUCAGUGUAGCCACUGUGAUUACAAAGGCAGUCAGAAGUCAGACUUACAACGACACCUGAUGAUACAUACUGGGGCGAAGCCAUUUCAGUGUAGCCACUGUGAUUACAAAUCCAGUCAGAAGUCACACUUACAACAACACCUGAGGAUACAUACCGGGGCGAAGCCAUUUCAGUGUAACCACUGUGAUUACAAAUGCAGUCAGAAGUCAGACUUACAAAAACACCUGAUGAUACAUACUGGGGCGAAGCCAUUUCAGUGUAGCCACUGUGAUUACAAAUGCAGUCGGAAGACACACUUACAACAACACCUGAUGAUACAUACUGGGGCGAAGCCCUUUCAUUGUAGCCACUGUGAUUACAAAUCCAGUCUGAAGUCACACUUACAACAACACCUGAGGAUACAUACUGGGGCGAAGCCAUUUCAGUGUAGCCACUGUGAUUACAAAUGCAGUCAGAAGUCACACUUACAACAACACCUGAUGAUACAUACUGGGGCGAAGCCAUUUCAGUGUAGCCACUGUAAUUACAAAUGCAGUCAGAAAUCACACUUACAACGACACCUGAUGAUACAUACUGGGGCGAAGCCAUUUCAGUGUAGGCACUGUGAUUACAAAGGCAGUCAGAAGUCAGACUUACAAAAACACCUGAGGAUACAUACUGGGGCGAAGCCAUUUCAGUGUAGCCACUGUGAUUACAAAUGCAGUCAUAAGUCAGACUUACAACGACACCUGAUGAUACAUACUGGGGCGAAGCCAUUUCAGUGUAGCCACUGUGAUUACAAAUCCAGUCAGAAGUCACACUUACAACAACACCUGAGGAUACAUACUGGGGCGAAGCCAUUUCAGUGUAGCCACUGUGAUUACAAAUGCAGUCAGAAGUCAGACUUACAAACACACCUGAUGAUACAUACUGGGGCGAAGCCAUUUCAGUGUAGCUACUGUGAUUACAAAUGCAGGCAGAAGUCAGACUUACAAAGACACCUGAGGAUACAUACUGGAGAAAAGCCUUACAAAUGUAGUUAUUGUGAUUACAAGUGCAGUGAUAGUUCAAACUUACGAAGUCAUGAAAGGGCACAUUGCUUAUAUUACACAGGACAAAAUAGCAACAAAAAAUAGUUGAUCCCAUCACCACCAAUAUUUGCUAAUAAAUGAUUAUAUAUUAUUAACUAAUAAACCUGCAUUCGAUUAUCCAGGAAAAUAAAUCAUCCAACUUUUCACUAUAAUGAAAGCAUUAUUUCGUCGAAUAAUUUUCCGCGACAUUACAAUUUAAAUCACACUCAUAUCGCACUCACACAAUAUUGAAAAUGGAAUAAACACACUUCUGUUUGCACCCGCAAUUGGCAGUUUGUUGGGCGUUAAAAUUGGCCUGUCGAUUCGAAUUAUAAUUAAGAAGAGAGGAUUAUAUAUAUGGCUGCAGGACGUGUAGGGUGACUGCUGUAGUUAUUUGCCACUACAUAGUAAUGGCCACUCCUAACAAAUAAGAAAAAAACAAGCCAAUUGAAGCCUUAUUGUUAAGAGUGGCCAAUUACUGUGUAGUGGCCAAAAAUUACUGCUACUGGCGAGAAGCCAGACUUACAAAGACACCUACUGAAAUAUACUGGGGCGAAACCAUUUAAAUGUAACAAUCGCAACUUCAGCUGCAGACAGAAAGGAAAGUAUUUAACACACCAGAGGAUACACAUUGGUGAGGAGCCGUACACAUGUAGUCACUGCUACUACAAGUGCAAUCGGAAAGGAGUCUUGCUAAAACAUCAGACGAUACACACUGACGAAAAGCCUUUUAUUUAACACUGCAACUACAGGAGUGGACAUAAAUACACUUUACAAAGACAUCUGAAAACGAAACAUUCCGGUAAAAAACCCUGAAAUUACGCAAGUGUUCGGAAAUAUGACCCGCUAGUUACCGGUAGAGCAUGUGUCGGGUGUGGGCUGUGUGAUGUAUGUGUUGUGGUUCCCUUGCACGCGCGUGCACGAUGUGU